GAACUUCUACAUCAAUUUCUACAACAUAACGUCCAUGGUCCGGGACUCACGAUUACUCUAUCAAAUUCUUCGGGUUGCUUUGCUAUAAGAUAUUGAGGACAUCUUGAUCCAAACUUCGCAAUAUCAUAAAAGUUCAACUUGGUUUCGAACUUGCAAAACGCGCAAAUCUUCCAAAUCCUCAAGUCUACAAGAUGCCAAAAGCAGAAGUUGGAUCAACGAAAUUUUUAAACAACAAGUUAAAGUCCAAAGGACUUCAGCGAUUACGAUGGUACUGCCAAGCUUGCGAAAGACAAAUGCGCGAUGAAAAUGGCUUCAAAAUGCAUGUACAAUCUGAGUCGCAUGUUCGACAAAUUCUUCUAAUCGGCGAAGAUCCUAAGAAAUAUAUCAACGAUUUUAGUAAUCAAUUCCAGCGUGACUUUCUACAAUUGCUACGAACAUCUCAUGGCGAAAAGCAAGUCAAUUUGAAUCAUUUCUACCAGGAAUACAUCAGCAACAAGGAGCAUAUUCAUAUGAAUUCAACGAAGUGGCCAUCCUUGACAGAGUUUGCCAAAUUUCUGGGAAGAGAAAGCUUAUGUCGAGUAGAGGAAGCAGAUAAAGGUAUACAAGUAGCAUGGAUUGACAACUCACCCGAAGCGUUAAGACGGCAAGAUGCGAUUAGAAAGAAAGAGAGACAGGAUAAGGGUGAUGAGGAGCGGGAGCAAUUGCUUAUCAGAGAGCAGGUACGUCGAGCAAAGCAAGAUGCCGAAGCUCGUGGAGAAUCAGAGAUGGAUGAGCAAGAACGAGGCCUUAAAAGAGAGGAAGGGGAGAAAAUAAAGCUUAGCUUCGGUGCUAAGUCUGCCGUUUCAAACUCUGAAAGCAAAACUAUUGAGCCAGAGGAGAGCAAGACACCGGCUGGUGAUGCGCCUUCUCUUGAAACUGCAAAAGAUGAGGACAAACUCUCUGAGAUACCGGCCACUGGCGAUGAUAGAACCACAGAGUCUACAAAUCCGGAGGCAGCGCCACCAGCACCAGCCAAAGUUUCCUUAAAGAUGGGAUUCCAGAGCAAACCAAAGAACGUUUUUGCAGCGGCCAAAAAGAAUGCUCUAGGGGGUAAGAAGGCCCCAGCAUUUGAGCCGCCGAAAAAGAUGAGCGAAGCAGAGCGUAUUAUGAAGGAAGAAAUUGAGCGCAAGAGAAGCAGGGAGCAAACAAAUGGAGGACCAUCCCAUAAACGACCACGAUUUUAGUUACCUAGCGAUCAUGAGGGUUUCGGCAUUGCACGGAGUUACAUUUAAAGGUACUUUACGAUGGAAGGAAUAUGGCGUUAUACUUGAUACCACAUGCAUCUGUAGAGGAGCCAAUGCAGGACGUUCUUAUUUUUCAAGAAAUUCCUGUUAGCCUUCA